GGAGGGCCUGCGCGCAGGGGGCUGCGGACUCACUGGCUGUGGCGAGACUGGAACCUCCCUCCUCCGCGCUCUCCCCGCCUCGCCCAGACACCACCCCCCAAACCCCACCCCCAGCCGAAGCCAGGUUGGGCUGCUCCAGGAAGUUUCCAUGAAAGCGCCUGAAAUACUAAGUUACCUUUUUCCAGGUGAGCUCGAGAAAGCCCUGCGCUCGCUCUAGUGAGUGGCAGCUGAGAACUUUGGGCUCCGUAGGAAGAAGGAGGGAAGUUGGGAAGGUCUUUGGACCUUGUGGCUUGGCUGUCUUCCUCAUGGCUUCACCCAGCCGCCCCGGCAAUGACUGCUCCCAUGUUAUUGAUCACAGCCAUGUUCCUGAAUUCGAGGUAGCUACCUGGAUCAAAAUCACACUCAUCCUACUGUUCCUGGUCAUCUUUGUGGUGGGCAUCCUGGGGAAUAGUGUCACGAUUCGGGUCACCCAGGUGCUGCAGAAGAAAGGCUACCUGCAGAAGGAGGUGACAGAUCACAUGGUGAGCCUGGCUUGCUCCGACAUCCUGGUCUUCCUCAUUGGUAUGCCCGUGGAGUUCUACAGCAUCAUUUGGAACCCCCUGACCACGCCCAGCUACACCGUAUCCUGUAAGCUUCACUCUUUCCUCUUCGAGACCUGCAGCUACGCUACGCUGCUUCACGUGCUGACGCUCAGCUUCGAGCGCUACAUCGCCAUCUGCCACCCCUUCAGGUAUAAGGCCAUGUCUGGGCCCUGCCAGGUGAAGCUGCUGAUUGGCUUUGUCUGGGUCACCUCCGCCCUGGUGGCCUUGCCUUUGCUUUUUGCCAUGGGAGUUGAAUACCCCUUGGUGGACGUGCCCAGUCACCGGGGGCUCACUUGCAACCGCUCUCGCAACCAUCACUCCGAGCACCCGGAGACCUCCAACAUGUCCGUCUGCACCAACCUCUCUAGCCGUUGGACUGUGUUCCAGUCUAGCAUCUUUAGUGCCUUCAUCAUCUACUUGGUGGUCCUGGUCUCCGUGGCCUUCAUGUGCUGGAGCAUGAUGCAGGCUCUCCAGAGGAGCAAGCAGGGCACGCUGGCCGCCAAAGGGCAGCAGCUGCAGUUGAGGAAGUCCGAAAGCGAGGAGAGCAGGAGCGCCCGAAGGCAGACCAUCAUCUUUCUGAGGCUGAUCGUUGUGACCCUGGCCAUCUGCUGGAUGCCUAACCAGAUUCGGAGGAUGAUGGCUGCGGCCAAACCCAAGCAGGACUGGACCAAGGCCUAUUUCAAGGCAUACAUGAUCCUCCUCCCCUUCUCGGACACUUUCUUCUACCUGAGCUCCGUGGUCAACCCGCUGCUGUACAACGUGUCCUCGCAGCAGUUCCGCAGUGUGUUUGCGCAGGUCCUGCGCUGCCGCCUGACGCUGCCGCACGCCAAUCAGGAUAAGCGCCUGCGCGCCCAGGCGGCCUCCAGCAUGGACAGUGCCCGCUCGGUGCACCGCCCGCUCAUCUUCCUGGCUUCCAGGAGCAAUUCCUCUGCAAGGAGAACUGACAAGGUUUUCUUAAGCACUUCUCAGAGCGAGAGUGAGGCCAAGCCCCAGUCCAAGCCUCAGCUGUUGAAUCAUGAGUCACCAGAGCCCGACUCGGUGAUGAAACCAGCCAACCCUGCCACUGAGAAUGGUAUUCAAGAGCACGAAGUGUGACUUUUAAGGAAGGACGCCUAGAGUGCUAACUGGCCCUCCCCCCAGGAAAGGAAUAUUACCUGCUUACAGCAGUGACAAAAGAAACUGCCACUAUCAGGGACAGGAGUGGCCUGGGAGAAGGCAUAUGGCCACUUAAGUGUCGCCUAAGGGCUGAUUCUGCCAGCCUGGCCUCCACUCUGGGGACAGACUGGGGCAAUUUUCACUCUACCUCCUUCCUUCCUUUGAGGACCCACUGAAAAUUCAGGCAGACUGAAUUUCUUCAGAGCUCAGAUCAUUUUUUUUUUUUUUACACUGAGCUAUUUUGUUAUUUGCCAAGGAACUAAAAGAACACAGAGUCUCCUCCCCACCCAGAAUAAAAGGACACCCAGCAGAAUUUCGGGGAGCAGGGGGAGGGCGAGCCAGAAGAACAAAGCAGGAGGGUCUGGCAUCUCCUUCAGCUUCAGCAGUGUGCCAAAAAAAGAGCUAAUUUGAGGAGCAGGAUGGUGCUGAGGAGCCCUGGCCAGUGAGCUGAGGCAGAACUGCUCCGUUUCUUGGGCCUCGGCCCGUUGCAAAGAGGGGUGUUGCAGCAGCUGAUGCACACUGAGUUCAGUUUCCCUGGGGAGCAGAAGGACUGGUACCCAGCUGAGGCGAUGAGGCAGGCCGCUGACGAGGCACACGACUUGCGGUACAUGAUCCCUGUAACACAGAUCCAGAGGAGGUGGGUUAACCUGCCUGCACACUUGGCUAGUGUUGGCCAGUGUCCCUCUGAGCCCAGAUCCUCAGGAACAGCACUUCUGUACUCCUCCCACAGCCCAGAAACUUGGCUGGGGCCAGGAAACCACUCCAAGUUGUUUCAUUGAGCACCCCCCACCACCAAAAUAUAAGACCUAUUCGGUGAAGAAGACAGGCAUCAUUUCUCUUGGUUUUGACCAUUUUUCUCAAAGCUAUUUGAGACACCAAUACUAGUGAAUAAAGAGCUGUUACAAUCAAA